CAUUUCUGCGAAGUUUCUUCUUAAAAUGUGAUUUAAAAACUAAACCUAACCGUAACUCAAAACUUAACCGCAUUGCUAACCUUGUGUCCUAACCUUAAAUUAAGAAGAAAAGCAACAACCAAAAAAUCAGACAUUUUUUACGAUAUAAACCAUUUCGACUUUGUGGCUGUGCUAUCUAGUGGACACUGGAUUUUUUGAGGCAUCAUUUUCACACGACUCAAUCAAAACGUUUUCAGACACCUAUAAGUUAGCUAACUAAAAUAAGCUAUGCAUAUUUACUUCUGUGGCAGUAUUCGUGGAGGAAGACAGGACGUGGUUAUUUAUCAGAAAAUUGUGCAGAAACUACAGAAAUAUGGACAAGUUCUGACGGAGCACGUGAGUCACUGUGAUCUGUCAGAGAAAGGAGAGGAUGCUGUGCAGGACGGCGACACAUUUAUCCAUGACCGAGAUAUGGAAUGGCUUAUGAUGUCUGAUGUGAUAAUAGCUGAAGUGACACAGCCCUCUCUUGGAGUUGGGUAUGAGCUGGGAAGGGCACUGGACAUGCACAAGAAGAUCCUCUGUCUUUUCCGGCCCUCCUCUGGGAAAUCACUGUCUGCCAUGAUCAGAGGGGCGGUUGACGGGUCCCUGUUCCAGGUGCGAGACUACAAAGAGGAGGAGGUGGAGGGCAUCCUGGAAGAAUACUUCAACGGACUCGUCAAAGUCUGAGACGGUCUAACUGCACAUCUAUGGUGCCUUCAAAAGUAUAAGAAGAGAUAUGGUUAUGAUUCCCACUUUGUUGAUCUACAAGUUUCUCAGUUAAGGCCCUAUGUUUGUCAAAAAUGAUUAUGAAUCCAUUUUUUUGUAGAGAUUGUAUAGAUAUGACAUGUUUUGAAUACAUUUUCUACAUACACCUUGUCUUUUUACUGAUUUCAUAUCAGUUUGUUGAAGGCUUAUAAAGCUAUAUCAUAAGGUCACA